CAAAACCCAAAAGAAACAAAGAGAGAAGGGUGUGUGAGACCCUCAAGUUCCCCAAAAGAACCAAAAAAAAAAAAAACAGAAAAAAUUGAUCAUCAUAUGAUCAUGAGAAGAAGUUCAAAUCUUCAAUUUCACUCCUCAAAUUACAAAACCCUCCUCUCCUCCUCCCUCUUUUUCCUCCUCUUUUUGAGCAACAAUUCCUCCUCCUCCUCCUCCUCCAUCUUCUCCCAUGGCUUCCCCAUCAAAGCCCAUGUCUUCAUCUAUGCAGGCUGUUCCAAUGAAAAAUUCCAACCCAAUUCCCCCUUUGAGUCAAAUUACAAUUCUCUCCUCUCCUCCCUUGUUUCCUCAUCUUCCCAAAUGACCUACAACUCCUUUGCCAUUGGAAAUGACUCCUCCACAAUCUCCCCUCCUCCUGAGGCUGCCAUUUUUGGGCUCUACCAAUGCAGAGGGGACUUAGCCACAGCUGACUGCUCAAAGUGCAUCAAAAUUGCUGCCACCCAAAUCCACUUGGCCUGCCCUUCUUCCUAUGGGGCAUCCCUUCAAUUGGAGGGCUGCUUUCUGAGGUAUGAGCACUUUGAUUUCUUGGGCAAGUUGGACACCAGUGUGAGGUUCAGGAAGUGCAGCCCGAGCUCGAGCAACGACGUCGAGUUCUUUCGGCGCCGGGACGACGUGCUCGCCGAUAUGCAGGCCGGGGCCGGGGCCGGGGCGGGCUUUCGGGUUAGUAGUUCAGGGCUGGUUCAGGGGUUUGCUCAGUGUUUAGGGGAUUUGAGUGCACAGGAUUGUGGCUCUUGCCUUGGUGAUGCUGUUGGGAAGUUGAAGAGUUUGUGUGGAUCUGCUGGUGCUGCUGAUGCCUUCUUGGGACAGUGCUAUGCUCGCUAUUGGGCUUCUGGGUUUUACCCUAAUUCUUCUGAUUCUCCGAGCGACGACCAAGCCGGGAAGACCGUCGCGAUCAUCAUCGGUGUCGUCGCCGCUCUAGCCAUCCUUGUCGUUCUCCUCUCAGUCUGCAGAAGAGCAAUGGGCCCCAGUAAGUACUAAUCGUUACCAAAUGGAGAGGGAAAAAAAUGAUAUUUCGAUGUUCAAACAUAGGAUCUUCUACACUGAGAUACCACUUCUGCUCGGAUAUCAUCAAUCAACUUAAAAGCUUAAGUUGGUGGGUUCGUCUGGUAAAUUUAAUUUUUUUAUAGACACUAAUAACAUUAAAAAUUCAAAAUUAAAAUGAUCCUAAUGGAGUCUAGUUUGUAUUAUUCUACCCAUCCUACGUUGUUUGAUCUUGUCUUUUGAGAAACUCAGAUGUUCAAACAUGGGAAAUGUUGUUUCUAGAAAAGUCAUAAUUGGAUUUAUUUGGAUAUAUAUAAGAUAGAUGAAAACAAAAUA